AUGUGUGAUAUUACUAAAAAGGAGCAUAAUAAGCAUAAGAAAACAGCUCUUCAUUAUUAUAAUAAGGAAUUUAGAGGUUGCGGUCAAACCACGCCAACCUAUUUUUGUGUUAAAAAUGAGAAUGUUCGCACCCCAAAAAAAUGGAGAAUUACGGAUAGGGACUACACCCAUACAUUCUUCAAUUAUCUCUUUACUUUCCACAUUCUUCCAACAACUUCAAUGCAAACAAGUAUGCAAAAUAUUUGGAUUAAAUGUGAUAAGGAUGCGGAUAAGGAGAAUUGUAAUGAAAAUGCGGCAUUCCAACAGUGUGACAAAAUGUUUGUGAAAUUUCCAGGUGGAGCUUACAAAAUGCUCGUUCCUGAUGAUCCUGUCAAAAAACAAACGACUACGGGAGUUAGUGAAACUACAACGAUAGUUAGCCGCUCGCCUUUAGAAAACUGUCCAGUUGUUGACUGUUUUCCUUGUAUUUGUGACUGUCCGGAUGUUGACUGUCCGGCAAAAAAGGAUUCAAAGAAAACUUUGCAAAUUACUCUCGUUAUUGUUGGCUCUAUAAUAUUGCUUCUAAUGUUCACCGCUCUUCUCAUCUGUCUAUUCGUCAGCAAAAGCAAAUAA